CUGUGUCGGACAUAAUAUAUUAGAAUUAAUUUUUAUUGAUUCUUGAUGGAUGAAACAGCAUAUUUGUUGUAGUAGGCGGAAUGAUAAUAAAUAACCAAGCACCUGCUAUGACCGUUUUCCCAAGAUGUGUUACGUCCAAACGUCAUGUUGGUCUAUGUACACAGAACCAUGAGAUUGGUGUAACCACAUGUUGCACGCAAUAAGUGUGAUCUAAAUGAAAAUAACUGUUUCGCAAGUGUUAGCAUUAUGUUAAAAUACAAUGAGCCAAAACCCCCUGUAUAUGGAUAUAUAUAUAUUGGAGUGAUCAAUAGUCGUGCAUGAGGAAAAAAACUGGGAUUCAGAAACUACAUUUACUGUGAAGAAUUUAAAAAUAGCAAAAUGGAUGAAACCUGGAAGAACUUGCCGACACUACUGAGUGAGAAAUCUCUGACUUCUGUAGAUCAGCUUGGAUUUCACAAAAUGACUCCUGUUCAGUGUGCGUGUAUCCCUCAGUUUAUGAGUAACAAGGAUGUUGCGGUGGAGGCAGUGACUGGCAGCGGGAAGACACUCGCAUUUGUCAUUCCACUACUCGAGAUGUUACAGAGGCGCGAGAUCCCAAUCAGGAAACACGAGAUUGGUGCAGUGAUCUUGACUCCAACAAGAGAGUUGGCGUUUCAGAUCUCGGAAGUUGUUGACCACUUCUUGACAAAUUUUACCCAGUUCACUUCCAUUCUUUGUAUUGGAGGUUCGAGUAUUUCCGAUGACAUUAAGAAGUUUCAAGACCAUGGAGGACAUAUUGUGAUAGCAACUCCCGGACGACUGGAUGAUAUGUUCAGUAGAAAACAGAGCGGUCUCAAUUUAGCGGCAAAUGUCAAGGAACUGGAAGUUCUUGUGCUAGACGAAGCUGAUCGACUUCUCGAGAUGGGUUUUGAAUCCAGCAUCAACAGUAUUUUAAGUUACUUGCCCAAACAGCGACGGACGGGGCUGUUUUCAGCCACACAGACUGAGGAGGUGGAGUGUUUGAUAAGAGCUGGUUUAAGAAAUCCUCUUCGAAUCACGGUCAAGGAAAAGAUGUCCUCGAAAACACCUGUCCAGAGGACACCAGCAUCUCUUGAAAACUUUUACAUGAUUGUGAAUGCAAACGACAAACUCAAUCAACUGAUACAUUUUCUUCGCCAGCACAAGAAGGAAAAGGUGAUGAUAUUCUUCAGUACAUGUGCCUGUGUCGACUACUUCACUAAAGCUAUUCAACAACUGAUGAAGAAACAGCAGGUUCUGUGUAUUCACGGGAAGAUGAAAAAGAAGAGAAAUAAGAUUUUUGCCAAGUUCCGCGGUUUAAACAGUGGUAUUCUCGUGUGUACGGACGUCAUGGCUCGUGGCGUGGAUAUUCCCGACGUUCACUGGGUCAUACAGUACGAUCCACCCAGCUCUGCCAGCUGUUUUGUACAUCGGUGUGGCAGAACUGCUAGGAUUGGUAAUGCUGGAAAUGCUCUGGUAAUGCUUCUACCCACAGAAGAUACAUACAUCGAGUUUAUUCAGAUAAAUCAAAAGGUUCCACUGAGAGAGGUUGAGAAACGUUCUCCAGUCAUCAACUGUUUGCCCAAAUUGCAGUCAUUCGCCAUCAGUGACAGAGCUAUGUAUGAAAAAGGAAUGAGAGCUUUUGUUUCAUUUGUGCAGUCCUAUGCAAAACAUGAGUGUAGUAUGAUUUUCCGAGUAAAAGACCUUGAUUUUGGAAAGCUGGCAACAGGAUUUGGUCUUUUGAAAAUACCCAAGAUGCCAGAGCUGAAAGGGAGAGUGAUAACAGAUUUCCAGCCGGUUGAAAUUGAUGUAAAAAACAUUAGUUACAGAGACAAGUAUCAGGAGAAGCACAGAUUGGAGAAGAUGGAACGUGAAAGUAAAAAAGUCAAAGUGAAAAGACCUCCAAAGACACUUCCUUGGUCUAAACAAAAAGAGAAACAAGAUAAAAAGAAGAAGAAGAAAGAAAAACUUGAGCUUAAGAAGAGGAAGUUGGACUCAGAACUGAACGAAGAAGAUCUAAAUGAUCUUGACAAGGACACCAGACUACUGAAGAAACUCAAAAAGGGAAAGAUUUCUAAAGAUGAAUUUAGUAAAGAGUUUGCUGGUGAUGAUUUUGAUUGACGGUUGACUAAUACAAGAUGGAAGUUUUGAAGCAAGACAAAUGUUUUGAAAUUCGGGAUGGAUGUUUUCGUAUCAUACUCAUUUUGGGCCAGCAGAUUUUGCUUUUUACUACCCAUUCUCAAGGUCUAUUGAACAAACUGGGUUUGUUUUGUGUUGGUGAAAUGUCUUAAAAUUCCAGAUAUUUUCUUAAUUUAGAAAGACGCCUCCCCCCCAGGUUUUAGUCACACUGUAAAAAUGCUUCUGUCGUUUUUUUUUAAUGAAAGCUCAAAAUAAUACUGCCUACUUUCAUGGCCUGCAGUUGAUCAUUUGGUCCGAGGUAACCGACAUUGUUAGGUUAUUCAUUGACUUUCUUAUAUGUCUGAUGAGGUGAUGCCCACCUCUGUAACUGACAUUGUUAUUAAGUUAGUCAUGGACUUUCACAUAUUUCUGAUGAGGUGAUGGUCACCUCUGUAACUGAUGUUGUUAGGUUAUUCAUUGACUUUCACAUGUCUGAUGAGGUGAUGGCCACCUCUAACUGACGUUGUUAGGUUAUUCAUUGACUUUCACAUACGUCUGAUGAGGUGAUGACCACCUCUGUAACUGACUUUGUUGUUAGGUUAUUCAUUGACUUUCACAUAUGUCUGAUGAGGUGAUGACCACCUCUGUAACCGACAUUGUUGUUAGGUUAUUCAUUGACUUUCACAUACAUCUGAUGACAUUACCAGCCUGUGGUCUUCUAAUCUGGUGAUAGUCAAUGGCAAAAUUAUGUAAAUUGUUACUUACCACCUAGACUGUAAAUCUGUUUAAAAUAAAUUAUAAUAAAACAAUGAA